CGGACGUUAUUCAAACUCUGACAAUGGUGUUGGUGAGCGGUGCGUUCAUAAUUCAGGCAACUGUAAAGUCGGGUGGUCCUGUGAAAGUGGUACAUGAUAAUCUGGAUGGAGGCAGAUUGCAAUUCAUGAAGUUUACAUGGGAUCCAACAGUUCGUGUGGACACAACAUCAGCCUUAAUUGGGCAGCUUUUCAUGUCUGUUUCCAUCUACGGUUGCCAACAGACUUUUGUCCAACGCUAUUGCUCCAUGUCCAGUGAAUCCAGAGUCCGGAAAACAUUAUUGGCCAAUGUUCCCGCAGUGGCCAUACUGUUCAGUUUAUCAUGGAUUGUUGGGAUGGCAAUUUACUCUCUUUACAAAAAUUGUGACCCAUAUUUGGCUGGAAAUAUUGCAGCUCCGGAUGAAGUCUUAGCUUUCUAUGUACAAGAUCAGUUUACUUUUCUACCUGGGAUGCUUGGUUUGUUCCUGGGAAGCAUAUUUAAUGGUGCUUUGAGCUUCAUGGUAUCCAACGUAAACUCUCUGGCGACGGUAACGUGGGAAGACUUCGCCUCUGCUAUUCCAGUUUUUAAAGGAAUCGACGACAAAAAGCAGUUGAUGUUUAUCAAAGUCAUCGGCGUUUUCUAUUCAUUAUUAAUAAUGACAAUGUCAUUAGGCGUUGGUAUGGUUGGCGGGGUGGUUGAAGUUGCUCUCUUAGUCACAUCGGCGACAUCAGGGGCUCUGCUGGGCGUCUUCCUCUUGGCUGCCCUGUUCCCAAUAGCCAACGGUAAAGGAGCCAUAUGUGGGAUGAUCACAUCACACAUGAUCGCCAGUUGGCUAACCAUUGGACGGAUCUUAUAUACCAAUCAGAAGAAUGCAAUGUUACCUCUAUCUGUUGAGGGCUGUUCAAACGACACUGUAAAUAUUUUUAGUCCGAAACCUCUGCCUGUAGAAAUGAACCAGACGCUAUUCAAUGUAUCACCCAUAUUGCAAACAACGAUGUCAUCCCCAAUUGAAAACUCGGAAUCAAUAACGUCCAGCAUACUAAUGACUAUGUAUUCAAUAUCCUACAUGUGGUAUGCAGUAAUCGGGACAAUUUCUUGCGUAAUAAUUGGUAAUUUAAUUGGUGCCUUAACUGCAAGUGAGAAAGAUGCUUUCGACAAGCAAUUGCUGCAUCCUCUUGCAGCAAGGAUAGCUAGCAAACUACCUGGUCGUAAACGUACAUAUACUGUUGAGAAGAAGGAACCUUCAAAGGACUCUGAGAAGACUGAAGACACAACCGUAGAAGACCUAAACAUCAACAACGAUAAAACUCCUAGUUUUGUUAGUAACGAAAAAUCCUUUGUGGAAGUGACUUCACCUGAAAAAAGUAUGAGUAAAUUGUGAUUUAACUAGUAUUAACAUUAGUGUGGACUUUAAGUCUUCUUACGUUAAAAAAAGAUACUCAUGUGACUGUGUAAUUUGAAGCCUUGGCAAACUUUUUAUAAGUAAACUAUGAAAAUCUCGUCCUCCAAGGGGUUUAAUGCCUUAUUAAGGUUUAAUACCCUUUAAUUCAAGUUUAAUACCUCGGCAUGUUAGAAUUAAAGUACUAUAUUUUCUAGGGGCAACUCGAACAAUAAUGACUAAAGACGAUACAGGUGUCACCAUUUCAGGUGAUAGUACCUAACCAGGCUAUUGUCAUAGUAUAAUAAGAUAAAUGUGGUAA